AUGGCGGCGGCGGCGGUCGAAACGUCGGAGGAGGUGGUGGAGGAGGCGGACGACGGCGAGGCGGCGGCGGAGGAGGAGGCGGAGCUGUGCCAGGAGUUGCUGGUGACGGUGAGCGAGACGGGGCUGCCGGAGGCUUCUGCGGCCGCCGCCGAGCUCAAGAGGCAACUGGAGAGGGAGCGGGGGCUCAGGAGCAUUCUGGAGGAGCAGGUGCGACAGCUGGAAACCCAACUGUUCCAGCAGCAAGCGCAGCAGCAGACGCAGAUCUUCGAGGUGGACGACUCGGACGCGAUCGGCCUGCAGCUGCUGGCGGCCGACAGCCUGCCGCCCGUGGGGCACACGCAGACGGUCGGCUGCUCGCCGCCCAACUCGAGGAGCGUUAGUCCCGCGCCGCCCCUCGCUGUCAAUGUCGUUUCGACCGCUGUUGCUGUGGAGCAGCGGCUGCCCUCGGUCCUGGAGGCGGCCAUCAAGGCCGAACCCAAGGUGGAAGUCGAGCGACUGCCCACCACGACGGCCUCGAGCGGCCACGAGGACCCCGCCACCGCCAGCCGCAUAUACGUGUCGAACACCACGCGCCAGAACCUCGAGACGAUCGUGGAAGCGAUCAGGCACCUCGAGGGCGACCACAUGUUCGGCGACGAGCCGCACGCGCAGGACGCGCCGCUCGCUCUCACCACCCACGCGCAGCGCACGCCGGAUAGCGUCCUCAAGGCCGACAUGCAGAACUACCUGGACUUCAACGCGGCGCGGCUCCAGCAGCACCAGCAGUCGCGACCCGGCGUGAUCGUCGUCAAGCAGGCGUCGUGA